UUUCCUUAGCAUCGAGCUAAAAGCAUCACUGGCUGGAGGUUUUCAGAUAAAAAUAAUAAUAAAAGGGAUUAAUUACUGCAUUAGAAUGAUCGAAUCACCUGUUCUGCAAUGUGUUCCCCUGAGUGUAUGUGGAAUGGCUGCAGUGUGGCAGCAGGUGCUGGCAGUGGACGCAAGGUACAAUGCUUACCGCACUCCUACGUUCCCCCAGUUCCGCACGCAGUACAUCCGCCGGCGUAGCCAGCUGCUCCGUGAGAACGCUAAGUGUGGCUUUGAGCCGGGGCUGCGCAGGCAGUACCUGCGUCUGCGCAGCCAGCUGCUCGCCCUGCGCUACGGCCCGCUGUCCGAGCAAAGCAGCUUCAGAGCCAGCAGCGUUCGCAGCUCCCGCACCACACUGGACCGCAUGGAGGACUUUGAGGAGGACUCCAGGGCUCAGGGCGCUCGAGGUCACCGUCGUUCAGUGAGCCGCGGUUCAUAUCAGCUCCAGGCCCAGAUGAACAGAGCAGUGUACGAGGAGAGGCCUCCAGGCAGCCUGGUGCCCACCUCAGUGGCGGAGGCGAGUCGUGCCAUGGCGGGCGACACCACCCUGAGUGAGAAUUACGCUUUCGCCGGCAUGCAUCAUAUAUUCGAUCAACACGUCGACUCAGCUGUCCCUCGCCUUCAGUUCGCCAAUGACGACAAGCACCUCCUCGCUUGCUGCUCCUUGGACGGGACUCUGUCAAUCAUGACGCUGUCUCCGUCUCCCCCGACCGUUAAGGUGGCGCUGAGAGGGCACAUGGGUCCUGUGACCGAUUUCGCCUGGUCGCUUAGCAACGACAUCAUCGUGUCCACGUCUCUGGACGGCACGCUGCGGAUCUGGAACACGGAGGACGGUCGAUGCAUCCGCGAGGUUGCAGACCCGGAAUCCAGCGAGCUCCUUUGCUGCACCUUCCAGCCCAUGAAUAACAACCUCACUGUGGUGGGAAACAGUAAGCACCUGCUGCAAGUGGUUAACAUCUCCACAGGAAAGAAGGUCAAAGGAGGCUCGAGUAAACUAACUGGCCGCGUGCUGUCGCUGUCGUUCGACGCCCCGGGGAGGAUCCUGUGGGCCGGGGACGACCGAGGGAGCAUAUUCUCCUUCCUGUUCGACAUGGCCACAGGAAAGCUGACAAAAGCGAAGAGGUUGGUGGUGAGCGAAGGAAGCCCAAUCUCCAGCAUCUCCGCCCGCUCGUGGAUCAGCCGAGAGGCUCGGGACCCGUCUCUGCUCAUCAAUGCCUCUGUCAACAAGCUGCUGCUCUACAGGGUCGUGGAUAAUGAAGGCACACUGCAGCUGAAGAGGAGUUUCCCCAUCCAGCACAGCUCUCAGCAUCUCCACAGCAUAUUCUGUCCACUCAUGUCCUUCAGGCAGGGGGCAUGUGUCGUGACCGGCAGCGAGGACGCGUGCGUGUACUUCUUUGACGUGGAGCGCAACACUAAGGCCAUAGUAAACAAGCUGCAGGGCCACAGCGGCCCCGUGCUGGACGUCAGCUUCAACUGCGACGAGAGCCUGCUGGCCUCCUCCGACGCCACUGGCAUGGUCAUCAUCUGGAGACGCGAGCAGAAAUAACCGCACACGCUUCCAUGCGCAACAGCAGCUUCACUCACGUGCAAUGUAGAUAUUUUCAAAGCCGGUUAUUCCAGAGCCGAUCUGCUGUCUGGUCUCGUGCUGAUUUGUCGAACAUCAAACCGAGAUUUUUGUAUUUGUGUCCUACAUCAUCCCUGUGUGACGGUUUUAGAUUAGACCGGGUUUGAGUCUUGCUUGAAGCUAAUGCAUCAGAAUGUAUGGAGGGGGAGAGAGAAUGAAUGAGAGAAUGAUUGUAUUUAAUUCUGCUGUGGAUAAUGUGAUUGGGAUCUAUAUGUGUGUGUGUGUGUGUGUGUGUGUGUGUGUGUGUGUGUGUGUGUGUGUGUGUGUGUGUGUUUGAAAAAGAAAUGACCUUGUUGAACACUGAUUAGCUCCUGCUGGCUUACAAGAUAACACUAUUGUAUUUAUGCCUUCUUAUGAAUAAAUACAUUUCAUCCCACA